AUGUCAAUCGGUGGCAUUGGAGUUUAUGAUCAACAACCGCAAGUGUCACAGGAUACGUUCGUUGUAGUUGGUGAGCCGGAUGUAAUCAGAAGUCAAGAAAUCACUACGAAUGGUGUGACGAAUGAUGUUACAUAUGAGACUGGAAAAGAUUGUCAUCGAGAACCUGGCAAUGACAAUGUUGCACCCGAAACAACAGCUGUAUUAGAAAUAGGUAAACGUCGGUCAUUAUAUUUAACGAAUACUGCAGCGGAACAAUACGGUCAGGAAACCGGCUGUAGUAUCGCAAAAAUUACACGGAAUGAUGAUUGUCUAGAAAGUCCCGAACGUUUAUUACCACAAGGUGAUAGCGUAUAUCAUGAUGCAGGUUCAGAAUUGAUUGGCACUGAUGAUGAUGGCGAACAUCAGACGUUGCGUGAUAUUUCACGUUGUGCACCACGUGAAAUUAAUUAUGAAACACCGCAAUGUGAUGUGCAACCGCAACAUUGUAACAUGCAGCAGCAACAUUGCACUGCUAAUCGGGAAGCGCAUACUAGAGGGAAGAAUAACGUAAAAAAUGAAAUUGAUUCUGACGAAAAUGCAUCUCACUUGCUGAUCAGUUUAAGCAAUGCAUUAAAUCCUGGUGAAGCAGAAUAUAUUGAUCGUUAUCGUCCAAAGGGUCGUCCCAGAGGCCCCAAACAUCCCGUUUGGAAUUUUUUCAAAUUCUACAAAUCUGGCGGUCUGACUUUGGGAUACAUGUGCUUAAUGUGUGGCAAUGGAUUUACUGGCCCUCCAAAUACCACAAAUGCUACAAAACAUCUUCGUUGUAAGCAUAAACAUGAAUAUUUGCUGUAUUUUGAUUUACUGGAAGGUGCAAAGCAAGGAACAUUCUUCGGUGAUGUGCAUCAGUCAAUCAGAGAGCUUGUUUCAAAAAGAGGUGUCAAAGCAGAAGCAUGCACUUCGGAAAGUAAUACUACUGAAGGUUCUAUGCUAAACUAUGAAAUCAUGAAUGAAGGUGUACACCGGAAUCAUAAUUGGACGGAUGAUGCCGCAGCUAGCUCGCAAGAUGCUGAACUUCAUUCGUUUCUUUGUUCUGCAUUAAUAUCGAAUGCUUCUAAAAAUUCGCUUGUUCGAUAUGAUGUAAGUAAUGCUAGUGAAAAUUCUGAAGUUUCAUCAUCAGGAGAAGUUAUCUUCACUAGUUCAUCCACUGGUGAUCCCGAAGCGGGUUCAUCAGCUGUAAGCAGCGAUUCUACGGGACAGUUUGCUGGGCAAGUUGAAUCGUUCCUUCGCGAUUAUCGUCGCCUGGAAGCUGAAUGUCGAAGAUUACGCGCUGAAGUAGCUGCCAAAGAUGAGCAUAUCAAAACGCUUCGUUUAAAUUUGAUGGAAGAACGAAAUAAGCGAAAAAGCGCAUUGAUACUUGUACAGCGUGCGUUGAUCGAUGAAUGA